ACCUCUCUUCAUUAUUUUCUUUCAUUUCAUCCCUGCCGUAAAACCCUUACACACUUAGGGUUUUGCAGCUUCUUCCUUCUACUCUCCUCCUCCUUAAACCCUAAUUUCGCACCUCCAGCCUCCCUCCAUUUCUUCCGCCAUGGGCAAGAAAUCCGCCACCAAGGUCGCUGCGGCUCCAGUUGCAGUCAUUCCAUCUGGAAAGAAAGGAAAGAGAGGCGCAGAAGACGCAGUUGAGAAGGCUGUGAGCGCAAAGAAGCAGAAGGUAGCAAAGAAUGAGGCUGUGAUAGCUCAGCAGAAGGCAGCGGAGAAGAAAAAGCCUAAGAAAGUUGAAAGUAGCAGUGACUCUGAUGAAGAUGCUACUGAUUCAGACUCUGAUGAAGAGCCUAAGGUUGUUGUGAAAAAGCCACAGCCUAAAGCUGCUGCUGCUGUUAAGAAAACCAAAAAGGAAAGCUCUUCUGACGAGUCUGACUCCGAUGAAAGUGAUUCUGAUGACGAACCAGCACCAAAGAAACCCGCUGCCGCUGCUGUUAAAAAGGUUUCUAAGAAGGAUUCUUCAGAUAGUGAUGAUUCCUCAUCAGAGGAUGAGGAGGAUGUUAAACCCGCUGCCAAGCCAGUAAAGAACGGUUCAGUUCCUAAGGCGAAAUCAAGUGAUGAGAGCAGUGAAGAUGACUCAGAUGAAGAAAGUGAUUCCGAGGAUGAAAAGAAAGUUCCUGCUAAAGUAGUUGCUGCUGCGAAAAAACCAGCAAAGGAAUCCUCAAGUGAUGAGGAAAGUGAUAGUGACGAAGAGAGUGAUGAUGAGCCCCCUAAAAAGGUUGCUAGUGCCGCCAAUGGUGCUAAAGUAGCCAAGAAAGAGAGUAGUAGUGAGGAUGAGGACUCAGAUGAAAGCUCUGACGAUGAUGAGACCCCCAAGGCAAAACCGGCUGCAGCAUCGAAGAAGAGUGAAAGCUCUUCUGAAGAAGAGAGCGACAGUGAUGAGGAAAGUGAUGAGGAGAAGCCUCUGAAGACUCCAAAGAAGGAUACUGAUGUAGAAAUGGUUGAUGCUGAGGAUUCAAAGAAGUCUGCUUUGAAAACCCCAAAAACACCUGAUACUCCACAAGCUACUGGAUCAAAGACACUGUUUGCUGGAAAUCUUUCUUUUAACAUCGAUGAAGAGAAUGUGAGGGAGUUUUUCAAGAGUGCAGGAGAGGUCACAGAUAUUAGAUUUGCAUCAGACCCUGAUGGCAGAUUUAAGGGUUUUGGCCAUAUUGAGUUCGAAUCAGUUGAAGCUGCCCAGAAGGCUCUAGCAUUGAACGGUCAUGAAUUAAUGGGACGUGAAGUGAGGCUUGACCAAGCUCGCGAGAGAGGAGCAUACACUCCCAACACCAGAGAUGGUAAUUCAUCUCAAAGGGGUGGAGGCCAGAAUUUGACAAUCUUUGUCAAGGGAUUUGAUACUUCCGCUGAUGAGGAUGAGAUGAGGAAUGGCUUGAAAGAGCUCUUUGGCACUUGUGGAGAGAUCACAAGAUGUUCUAUUCCCCAAGAUCGUGAAAAUAACUGUCUUAGAGGUGUGGCUUACAUUGAUUUUGCGGAUAACGAUGCUUUCACCAAAGCUUUUGACCUAAACGGAUCUGAACUCGGAGGUGCUUACCUAAACGUUCAAGAGGGUAAGCCAAGAGAACCCCGAGAAGGAGGAUUCGGCAGUGGUGACAGAAGCUUCGGAGGAGGAAGAAGGGGACGUGGAGGAGACAGAGGAGGAGGUCGCAGUUUCGGACGUGGUGACAGAGGUGGCCGCGGUUUUGGUGGACGUGGAGGAGACAGAGGAGGAAGAAGAGGAGGACGUGGUCCACCCAAGUUCAGUGUUACCGGAUCUGCCUCAGGGAAGAAGACUACCUUCGAUGAUUAGGUUAAGCAAAUGGAGAACAUCAGUUUCUCGGCCGGAUGUAUUGAGCUGUUCUUAAAUCUUCUGCACUAUUCGAGUAUAACAAAAUUACUGUGGGACAGUUAGUUAUGUUGCUUUAGUUUUUGCCCAAGUAAAGUGUGUACUUAGGCCGAAUUUUUGAUCAGAUAUGUAGUUUAAUGUGUUUUUUAUUUUUUCGCUUAUGUACUUUUUCUUAAAACUGAUUAAAGUGGAAUUUCCUAGUAUAAUGCAUGAUUAUGAUUUGAAUGA